AUGGCGCAUAAAAGAGGUUUUGAGGCACUUGAUAGAUCUCUUAAAGAUAUAAGAAAUAAAAAUGAAGUGAUGGGAGGAGCAACUGUUCUUUUAACUGGAGACUUUAGGAAAACUUUACCAGUUAUACCAAGAGGAAGUCGAGCAGAUGAAGUUCAGAAUAUGAGGGUCCACCUGGGAGGUGAUGUCACAGCUGGAAAAUUCUCUGAACUUCUACUCAAAAUAGGAAAUGAAGAUUUUCCCGAGUUAGCUGGGAAGCUGGUUAUCACUAAGGAUUUAGGUUUAGUAGUGACAACACUACAAGAACUUAUAGUUCAAAUUUAUCCUGAUAUUGCCGAUAUAAAAAACAAAUGGUGGAUUGGUUAUGGAACAGAAAUGGACUAUAAGUCUAUAGACAUGGUACUGAAGACAGAUGACGCAGUUCACUAUUCUCUGGAGUUCCCCAACGCACUUAAUCCCCCUGGCUUUCCAGCACAUAAGUUAGUCCUUAAAGUAGGAGCUCCAAUUAUGCUGUUGCGAAAUCUUCACCAACCCAAACUCUGCAAUGGUACUCGACUGGUUAUCGAAUGUGAGCUGGUGGCAGCCGGACAAUUAUUUUUGGUAUUUAUUGAGGUGUACCUCAAUGAUGAACUGUAUGAAAAAUUUGGAUCAGAAAGGAACCAAGAUUUCAAGAAAGCUAGAGGAGAUAUAGUUUUAAUCCCGAGAAUAACGUUGAUUCCAACUGAUUAUCUCUUUGAAUUAAAAAGAAUACAAUUCCCACUCAAAGUUUGCUUUGUUAUGACUAUUAAUAAGUCUCAAGGACAAUCAUUGAGCAUGACAGGGAUAGACUUGAGAGAAGAAUGUUUUUCACAUGGACAGUUCUAUAUCACAUGUUCUAGAGUUAGCUCUGCCAUCCAAUUGAUUCCAAAUGAUAUUAUUGUUGAUUGGGAACCGGUUGGCACAGUUGUAAAGAUUAACAAUCCAAUUAUUAGAACUAAACGUCAUAAAACUAAAGUGUACCACAACGAGAUGCUAAACCCUGGAUAUCAGCUUCCAUGCCGACAAACAGAUUCAAAAAAUUUAAUUCCUAAAUUAUACAACUGUACAUUGGAAAAUCUAAAACAACAAAUAAAAAGUUCUACAGCUGUUUCACUUACAACUGAUGGUUGA